GUCUGCGGCUGAGUCUCACACUUUCUCCCAGUUCUUUAACUUUCUGGCAGGAGGAGCAGAAAUAAAGCUGUGCUGCCCAAACGGAGAAGGGGUAAAUGCCUGAACUGCUGCGUGCUUGUGGACUUCCCGCCCCCGCCAGGCGGCCAGCCUCCCGGGCCAAGUGGGGAGUGGGCAGGCGGGUGGGCAGGUGGCCCCGGGCCGCUGCGCCCGCGCCUUAGCUCUGCCCCUGCAGCCCGGCCAGCCGCUGCUCCCUCGUGGUGUGAGGGCGGUGAUGUUUUUUCCUCCCUCCCACUUUUGAGCACCCCCGCCCCCUCCCACCUCGUGAGCACUCUAGCUCACUGCCACAACCUGCGAACCCCAGACCUCUGAGGAGCACCCGGGAGCCUAGAACGUGCGCACGAGUGACAGAGGAAGGAGACCAGCACCCAGUUUGAGUGCACUACACCUUGGAGGUUCUGAAUUGCAUUUCACAGUGCUCCCAAUGAAGAAAAAGUGGAAAAUGGGAAGCAUGAAAUACAUAUCUUCCUUGUUAUUUUUCCUUCUUUUCCUAGAAGGAGGCAAAACAGAGCAAGACAAACAUUCAGAGACAUACUGUGUAUUUCAAGACAAGAAGUACAGAGUGGGUGAGAGAUGGCAUCCUUACCUGGAACCUUAUGGGUUGGUUUACUGUGUGAAUUGCAUCUGCUCAGAGAAUGGGAAUGUGCUUUGCAGCCGAGUCAGAUGUCCAAAUCUUCAUUGCCUCUCUCCUGUGCAUGUUCCUCAUCUGUGCUGCCCUCGCUGCCCAGAAGACUCCUUAUCCACAGUGAACAAUAAAGUGACAAGCAAGUCCUGUGAGUACAAUGGGACCACUUACCAACAUGGUGAGCUAUUCAUGGCUGAAGGGCUCUUUCAGAACCGGCAACCCAAUCAGUGUACCCAGUGCAGCUGCUCGGAAGGGAAUGUGUAUUGUGGUCUCAAGACUUGCCCCAAAUUAACCUGUGCAUUCCCAGUCUCUGUUCCAGAUUCCUGCUGCCGGGUAUGCAGAGGGGAUGGAGAAUUGUCAUGGGAACAUUCUGAUGGUGACAUCUUCCGGCAACCUGCCAACAGAGAAGCAAGACAUUCCUACCACCGUUCUCACUAUGAUCCUCCACAAAGCCGACAGGCUGGAGGGUUGCCCCGCUUUCCUGGGGCCCGAAGUCAUCGAGGAGCUCUUAUGGAUUCUCAGCAAGCAUCAGGGACUAUUGUGCAGAUUGUCAUCAAUAACAAACACAAGCAUGGACAAGUUUGUGUUUCCAAUGGAAAGACCUAUUCUCAUGGCGAGUCCUGGCACCCAAACCUCAGGGCAUUUGGCAUUGUGGAGUGUGUGCUAUGCACUUGUAACGUCACCAAGCAAGAGUGUAAAAAAAUCCACUGCCCCAGUCGAUACCCCUGCAAGUAUCCUCAAAAAAUAGAUGGAAAAUGCUGCAAGGUGUGUCCAGGUAAAAAAGCAAAAGAAGAACUUCCAGGCCAGACCUUUGAUAGCAAAGGCUACUUUUGUGGAGAAGAAACAAUGCCUGUGUAUGAGUCUGUAUUCAUGGAGGAUGGGGAGACUACCAGAAAAAUAGCACUAGAGACUGAGAGGCCACCUCAGGUAGAGGUCCAUGUUUGGACCAUUCGAAAAGGCAUCCUCCAGCACUUUCACAUUGAAAAGAUCUCUAAGAGACUGUUUGAGGAGCUCCAUCACUUUAAGCUGGUGACCAGGACAACCCUGAGUCAGUGGAAGAUAUUCACUGAAGGAGAAGCUCAAAUCAGCCAGAUGUGUUCAAGUCGUGUGUGCAGAACAGAGCUUGAAGAUUUGGUCAAAGUUUUGUACCUAGAUAGAUCUGAGAAGGGUCAAUGUUAGGCAAGUCAGGCAGUAUUAGAUAGGGUCAAGCAAGAAAAUUCAAGCUGCAGCUGGACUGCCAGCUUAUUUUGCUUAAGUCAACAGUACCCUACAACUCCAACUCAAAUGGAGUCAGUUAUUCACGCCAUGCAUACCAUAACUUGCUCCUUUAUGUGGAGUGGUGUGUCAGCCCUUAGCUAUUUCCUCUAAAGACACUAGCAGAGUAUUGAAUGAUUUGUGGUGUGUAUGAGGAGGAAUAGAACACCACAGAACAGCUCUAGUUUCUUGAAGAAUCACAUUUCUCCACAUGCUAAAGAACAAAUGAAAUUGCAGGGUUUCUAUCUAAAACAUUAUUCAAAUGAAAGAAAGAGAAAAAAUUGUUUAGUAGGAGUUCUGGAGAAUACAGCAAUUAUUUGUAUGAAAUGAUACUCUGAAUGUUAGAAAGUCUUCUGUUCUUUAAAAGAAACUCAAUUGGCCAUCUUCCCAUAUGCACAUGUGCUCACAUGCAUGCACACAAGUGCACGUGCACACACACACACACACACACACACACACACACACACACAUGAAACUACAGUCUCUGCAUUGAGGCAAAGCCAGCCUAGACUCUGCCUCUCUCUGCCUGAAAAACCUUGGAGGUGACUGGUGCCUAAGAGGAUAAAUAAAGCCUUUUAAGCAAAAGGCUCUAUACUUAGACCUUGGAGGUAGCUGUAGAACUCGGUAACUAUAGUGGCACCAUUUCUGGUCUCAAUCACUUUAAGGUGAUAAAUAACUUUUCCCUACAGAUAGGCCCCCUUUUUUACCCUCAACCUAUGAUGCCUCCAAAAAUAAGUUAGAAUUGGUUAAUGUUAUCAGAAGUUGAAUCAAUAUAAACAAAGUAGCUGUUGAAGAAAAACUGAUAAAAGUUAAAGAGACCAUCUUACUAUUUAUGCAGCAAUAACUUUUACCAGUUAGUAGAUCAAUAUUCAAUAAUUUUUUGAGAUUAUACUUGUAUAGCCAGAAAAUUUAGGCUGAAUUAUUAAAUUCUAGAAGCCUCUUAGAAGGGUAGUUCUCCUUCUUCCAGAUUUGAUUUUUUUUAAAGAGAGUACAAAUUAGAAUUAAAACAAAAAAUUAUAAUCAAGACAGAAUUUCACUUAC